AAUCGACAAAUACCGCGGCUGUUUUCUUCCUGCUCCUGCGAACUAACUUGUCCCACCGAGCAACAAAACGGCGUCCUAACAGUCGCUUUAGUUAGCUUUAGAACGAAUACUCACAGGCAGCUAUUUGUUAGUUAUAUGAGCCACUUUACUGUCGCAUGAUAAGCUAGUAAACAAGUCUUUAAGCAGAAGCUUAAUGCCGACAGUUCUGCGUUGUGUUAAUGUCUGUCGACGACUGUACACACUUAAUCAACUCACCGCACAAGUGCUCUACUCCCCGUUGUCAAUGUCGUCUGAACUUCAGAAGCCAGACAACACUGACAAGUCUGCAGAAGACAGCUGGAGUCUCAACUAUGUCACCGGGAACCUGUUCUCCUGCCCUAAGGACGAGGCUUUGGCCCACUGCAUCAGUGAGGACUGCCGCAUGGGGGCAGGCAUAGCAGUGAUGUUCAAGCAGAAGUUCAGAGGGGUAGAGGAGCUGAAGGAGCAGAAAAAGCUUCCAGGACAGUGUGCUGUGCUGAAAAGAGACGGGCGUUUCAUCUACUAUCUGAUCACAAAGAAAAAGGCCAGCCAAAAACCCACCUAUGACAGCCUGAGACUGAGCUUAGAGGACAUGAAGUUGCACUGUGUAAAGAAUGGAGUAACAAAAAUAUCAGUGCCUCGUAUUGGCUGUGGCCUGGAUCGUCUGGAGUGGCCAAGAGUGUCGGAGAUACUGGAACAGGUCUUCAAACACACAAACAUCUCCAUCACAGUCUACAGUCUUCCAGUGAAAGCAGAGACCACAGUGAUGAAGGAAAACAUGCGCAGAUGAUUCAUGAAAAUGUUUGUUUAUUGUAAUAUUUACUUUAUGCACUUUUCUUUGUUAAUUCCACAGAUUGUGGCCAUGAUAAUUUUUCAGUGAGAAAAUAUUGCAUUACAGAUUAUAUGGAAAUAAAUAUUAUUCUU